AAGUUUGAAGUGUUUUUUUUUUGGUUUGUUCUGCUCAAAAAAUGGAACCAAGAAUUCAGUUGCUUUUUCUUCUGAUUGUUUCUAGCCAACUUUACAUCAUAGCCGCAGUUACUGAUAGUGGUGAUGCUGCUGCUCUAACUUCUCUCAAGGCUGUGUGUAAUAACUUACCCCACAAUUGGCUGGGCUCAGAUCCUUGUGGUGAUGGCUGGGUAGGAAUUGGGUGCACGAAUUCACGAGUCACCUCGAUAAAAUUGGCAAACAUGGGCUUGGAAGGGCAAGUGUUUAGUGACAUCCCAUCCUUAACUGAAUUACAGACUUUGGAUCUAUCUUACAACGAGGGCCUGACAGGAUCUCUUCCAGUAUCAAUUGGGAAUUUGAAGAAGCUAACAAGCUUAAACCUUAUUGGCUGUGGUUUCACUGGUACAAUUCCUGACGCUAUAGGAAAUCUACAACAGCUGAUCAUGUUGUGAGGACUUUUACUCUAAUAUCAGCUAUGAUAUAACGGUUAAACUUAAAAUUUUAAAUUGCUUUGUGUGGUGAUCUUCCAUUGUUUAAUGAAACUUGAUGGACAAAUUUGUACUGGUUGACUAUAAUCACAGUUCAGCUCUGCUGUGAAUUGUAUUGAUACUUCAAUGCUUCUGCAAAUUUUAAUGGCAAAUAAGGAUGUUAAUUUUGUAUUUUUUUUAUUAAAAGAUGUUAAUUUUG